CUACAGGAAUUAUUUCACCUGCAACAUUUUUGAAAUAUUGCAUCAAUAUUUUUUUGAAAUGUAAUGUAUUAUUAAUAAGGGGUAAAUGCAGCUAUUAUUUAGUACUUAUUGUACCAGUAAUAAAUAUGGUCUAGGUGUGGUCUAGGUCUAUUUAAAUAUUCCAGUAUAAAUUUUAAACGAAGCGGGUCUGCUUGUCGAAUCCAGUGUUCGGUUGUUUACGUGUAUAUUUCGCGCCAUUUCCGAAGAUAGGGGGCUGACGCACCGACGCAGUAAGCACGCGAGAUUGAUGGUCUGUGAAUGUGAUUACGAUGCAAUUAAAUGUGAUUUAAGAAGUGUUGCGUUUUACGUUUUUCUGUAGGACUGUAGCUCACAAUUACGCUGAUCUCCGAUAAGCAGGUACCCGGUGAUUACAAUGAAUUUCUCGGUGCUGGAAUUUGACGAUGGUACUGUAGAAUUAGUUCCAAAUAAUUGGAUCACAGGUGACUCCUGUUCGUGGCCACCCACAUUAGAUCGAUCGUCGCUUAACAAAUUGGUCCUAUCCAAAACAACUCCAGAAAAUAGUUGGAACAUUUAUGGUAUUCAGAGAGUUUUUUGUGAAGCCUCUACAUAUGAAAGGGGAACUGUUAAACUAAAGCUGGCGAUGGAAAUGUCAGAUAUUGACACCGAAAGUGAUACCUUAAAAAAAUCGCGUCAUUCUCGUCAUUCGAAAAUGCCUUCUUCCGAGUGUGAUGGUGUGAACGUUAAUAAGAAAAGACGUAGGACAACGAUUCUACCUAUUUCAUCAGAUUCCGAGCCUGGGUCUGAUGAAGAACCUUCUACAGAUCUACCUGCUUUGCCAGAUACUCCCGAAGACUUUAAUCUGUUGGAGGUACCAAAACACCCCAAAAUUUCACGACAUAAACAAACCUCGUCACAAACUUUAUUUCGAAAAAGUACAAAUACUGAUGUCGUAUCGCAUUGCAGACUAUCAAGAUCUAAUACCCCACUGUCCAAUGUAUCUCAUAGUACUCUGUCUAAAGGUAUAGAUACUGAUGACGUCGUAUCGCAUUGCAGACUAUCAAGAUCUAAUACCCCACUGUCCAACGUAUCUCAUAGUACUCUGUCUAAAGGUAUAGAAACAGACAUACAACACUGCACACCAUCAAGAUCUAAUACUCCAACGUCCAAUCUAUCAUAUUUGUCAAGAGAUGCUGAAGUUAAAAUUAUUACAAAAUUGAAUACAUUGAUUUCCAUAACCUCCAGUAUCGUUGACAGGCAAAAUUUGUUAGAACAAUCGCUUGGUGCACUUCAAGGCAAUACAUCAGAUGUGCCAAUGGCUCCAAUUGGCUUAAUGGAGUUUAAUGACAAAUUUCCCUUAACGACCGAAGAUGACUUAGUUAGAUUCGAUGAAGACUUAAAAGAUAAGGAGUUUUUUAAUAAAAUGGUUACUACAUUAUGUAGUUUUGGUGGCACUGAUGUCACAAAUAUAACUGUAAAUAUAUUGCGAAAAGUAAUUAGCAAUAAGGUAGCUAAUUCUUAUUCUUUGUUGGGGAAGAAAAAGAAAAAGAAAUUUAAAGAGUUAAAUUUCUUUAACCUCAUAAUAGAGACGGUUCGCCGGCAAAAACCAGGGGCAACUGAGACCGAGAUAGGGGGUGUCGUUGGAAGUUGGUUACCGCAAUCAAACUUGCGGUUAUCUAGGGAACUUAAAAAACAGAAUCAAGAUUAGUGAGCGACAGUAUUUUUGAGAUAAGUCGAUGUGUUGUUAAAUUUAGUUGAGCUUUCAUUUGCAUUAUUUUGUACUACUAUUACCUAUGUUUUGAAAGGACAUUUAUUAUAUAUCUACUUUAGGAAAAUAAAAUUUUGUUUAUACUG